UUGCCCACGCCCUUUAGUGUGCCUCGUACUUCCGUCGCGGACGCAUCCCUCGUGCAAUCAUCAUCGUCUUUGCGUCCUCCUCUCUCCCUCACUCUGCUCCUUCUCUCUCUCUCUUUCUCUCUCUAUCUUCGCUUCACUUACUCACUUACUCUUUAUUACCCCCACUCCACAAUUCGCUUACUCUGUUUCUCUCUAGCUUUCUCCUCCCCCCCCACUCUCUAACUCCCCCUCUCUCGUUCUCUAUCUUUCUCUUCUGUUUCUUUCUUACUUAUUCGCUCACUUACUCUUUCUCACGCAUCUACACGUACGCGGGUACAUUAUAUAACAUACACGCGGUCUGUCCUCUCUUGAUCCGUGUGCCUGCUUGUUGUGUUGUCUAUCUCCCUCGGGUUUAGGUUCGGGUUCGAGCGAAUCAAAAUAACGAAGCUGUAUGCGAUGAUGAUCGGCGGCAACGAAAUAUAAGAGAGAAAAGAAAUAUGUAUAUACGAGAGAGGAAAGGGUGGUGGUAAACUCGCUAAAACAUCGGAUCUUCUGGUGCUCGCAAUUAUAUCAGAAUAUAGUCGUACCGAUGCACGCGAGAUUCCUCGUCCCGCCUCUUUCCACACCGAUGCUGGAUACCAGUGAUUUAAAUUAUGUGUGAAUCGUCCGCUUUUGUUUUCGCCGAGAAAACAAUUCGAUUAACCUGUGUCUUUUUCGCCAACCUGUGUCAUUGGGCCUCCUACCACGCCUAACGGUUCGUCAUUCAAAUUCUAAUGUCUAUUCAGUGAAUAUCGCGCGUUUCGGCAGUUUUCAUUUCGUCGGUUAAUCGGUAGGAAACCUCAAACGCGGAAAUAUGUAACACGAUGAACACAGAGAAAGAACAAAAUCAAAAGUGUGUUGUAUGGUUAAGGAACCGAUGAAUUUUGUCCAAGUGGCUGACUGUUAUGUGUAAACACGGCGAACAAGUAAUCGUUCGUUGUAUUUCGCGAAACACCGACUGAAGUACCACCUUCGACUGUGAUAUAUCGUGACUGUGAAAUACCCGGUUGAAGAAUGCAACCUCAGGCGGGUUUCGAUCGAUGAAAAGUAGAAUUCUCUGCCGGCUAUUAUGUUCACGAGGUUCAAGAUGCCGGUGACUGGCGAUGGGGCUUUCAUUAACCGCGGCGCGCUCCCUGAGGAGGAUUCGUCGGUGUAACAGGAAAUGUGACAUGCUGUCGUUAACCAACUAUGAGCUCCAGAAAGCACACAUCAGCGAAAAGGUCAUCAUAAGUAUUCAAAAUGAUUUCCCUCCGUUUGGCUGCACAUUGCGGCGUGUCUGACUAUGCUUGCUUGCACAUCCCAGGGCAUAUUGACAUCGAAGGUGGCAACGGCAGCCUGGAUACUGGUGACGCGCCAUCAACGAGACCGCUGAAGAGGGUAUGCAGUUGACGCAUCCCUCGGUCUCCUAAAUCCUGGAAUAAAUCGUCCAGAAGUUAAAGGAAUUGUCUCAUCAGCGCGCGUGCGUACGUGCGUGCGUGUGUGCGCCAGUUGUGUUCGCUAGUUGCAUGCGAAGAGAGCGGGGAAGAGCCUGUAAAGAGUACGGACUUCGAAGAGAGAUGUUCCGACCGGACACGUGACAUGUGAGCCGUAUAACGAGCAGAGAACAAAAAUAUUUCCAGACAUACGCAGGAAUAGAAACGAUAGAGCACGCGCAAGAGAGAGAGAGAGAGAGAAAGAGAGAGAGAGAGAGAGAGAGAGAGAGAGGAGAACGGGAGGAAGAAAGGGGGAGGGAGAGGGAGGAAGCAGGACAAAAGGAGGAGGGAGAAGGAAAAUAGAAAAGGAAGUACUUUUUCGCUGGAAAAGAAGCCAACUCGAAGAGCAAAUGAGAAAACGAAGCCUGAAGGGUAUUGCUUCUACGAGAACCGAAAUACGUUUAAAACACGAGCACAAAAAGAGGAGGAGGAUGAGUUAAAAGCUCGAGAACGAGCCUGACAGGAAGGAACAGCCUCAAAAGAAUUCUAAACUGAUAAAACUAGCUGGUAAAAAAAAAAAAAUAAGGAAAUUUUAUAUGUAAAAUAAAUUGCUUUAAGUAGGAGAACAAAGGAUUUAAAUUAAAAAUUAAGAUUAAAAAAAAGCGCAAAAGAAGAAAAAGACAAGAUACGUUAUUAGAGAGAGAGAGAGAUUGAGAGAUUGAGAGAGAGAGAGAGAGAGAGAGAGAGAGAGAGAGAGAGAGAGAGAGAGAGAGAGAGGAAAGUAAUUUUAAGGAAGAAGAAAGUUACAAAAAUCACAAAUAACACGCGACUUCAUAUAAUAGGAACAAUAAAUGAAAGCCGAAAAAAAGGGGCAAAUUUGUACUUAAAAAAUAGGAAUAUAACGUAGAAGAGAAACAUACGUAAACGAAGAGAGGAGAAUAGACGAAGAGAUUAAGAAGAAGAGGAGAUUUAUUUAAGAAAAUAAUUAAAGAAUAACAUAAAGGAUUCUCGAGAAUUAUCAGAACGCACAAAAAGUAUUUUUCGGCAAUAGCGAAACUCUUCAGACAUGAAUGUGACUUCAGAGGUGGAAAUUUUUGGGAACGAGAGCUAUAACGUGAGUAAUGGUCUCGAUUGCGGCGGUGAACUGCACUCGUACAGGAUAUGGGAACGCGUACUGAUCGUGAUAAUCGCCGUAUUCCUCAGUCUGACCACCGUCGUCGGUAACAUAAUGGUGAUGAUAUCGUUUAAGAUCGACAAACAGCUGCAAACGAUCUCAAACUACUUCUUGUUCAGCCUAGCGGUAGCUGAUUUCGCGAUCGGUCUAAUUUCCAUGCCUCUCUUCACGCUUUACACCGUGCUCGGCUAUUGGCCAUUGGGACCGCAUAUUUGCGAUACGUGGCUGGCGUUGGAUUACUUGGCGAGUAACGCGUCGGUUUUGAACCUCCUUAUAAUCAGCUUCGACAGAUAUUUCUCUGUUACGAGGCCUCUUACGUAUCGCGCCAGGAGAACUACUUCCAAGGCAGCCAUUAUGAUCGCAUGUGCAUGGGGAAUUUCGCUGCUUCUAUGGCCACCGUGGAUUUACGCUUGGCCUUAUAUCGAAGGCCAACGAACAGUACCCAUAAACGCCUGCUACAUUCAAUUCAUCGAGACAAAUCAUUACAUUACAUUUGGUACCGCGAUUGCUGCAUUCUACAUGCCUGUCACUGUGAUGAUUAUUCUUUACUGGCGGAUAUGGAAGGAGACCAAGAAACGACAGAAAGAUCUUCCCUAUUUACAAGCUGGAAAACAAGAUGCUAGUAAAAGGAGUAAUUCUAGCGAUGAAGCGUUGGAUAUGGAGGACUGUAGAAGGCCUAGAAGCGAAUCAAGCACAGGAGCUGACGACAUGAAUGCGACACAUAUCGCGGUCUCUUAUCUAGAGAAACAUUAUCCUCAAUAUAAAACAAAACACAGACCAUUUUCGUGGAUGUGGCUGAAGAUGUGGUGUGUCGCGUGGUGGCACAGUGGUCGCGAGGAUGACGACGAAGAGGAGGAUAUAGAAGGCGCUGAGAGCAGUCGCACAGGACACGGCUAUGACGAAGCCAUAACGCCGUUAUCAGCGGAAACCCCUCUUACUGGUACGGUCUCUCGAUCUGCCUCUUUAAGUGGGAUUCAUCCUACCACUUUAACCGUUGAGAAACCCAUCAGUACAGCUGAUAACCACGAUUACAAAAAAGCUAAGAGAACCGAUGAGCUGUCGACGAGAAGCAACUCUAACGAUUCUAUAUACACGAUUAUAAUCCGGCUUCCGAGAGCUAUCGACAGUACAGGGAAAUACACGGAGGCCGCAAGCAUAAAAAUGUACCACGAGGAAACGGUGAGCCCCUCGUUGAGCACCAGGAGACCGUCUCACAUGCCCGACAUAAGGAUUCCUCUGAAUACGAAAAACAUUCCGAAAGCGUCGGGGGGCAAACCGGCUGCGAGCAAACCAGCGAAUAAGAAGAAGAAAAAGAUACAAGAGAAGAAGGCCGAUCGAAAGGCCGCGAAAACAUUGUCGGCCAUCUUGCUGGCGUUCAUCAUCACCUGGACACCGUACAAUAUUCUCGUUCUAAUUAAAUCCAUCACAGCCUGCUCCUGGUACAUACCACAGGAGUUAUGGGACUUUUUCUAUUACCUUUGUUAUAUCAACAGUACUGUGAACCCAAUGUGUUACGCCUUGUGCAACGCAGCAUUUCGACGAACAUAUGUGAGGAUUCUCAAGUGCAAGUGGCAUAAUAGGAACAGAGCCGCGAUGGACAGAGGAUGAUAUCAGUAGAAACGCCCAGCGUGCGACGUUUGCACGCUCGAGGGCGUACUAUUUUCUCUAUCAUUUUCUCUCUUCUCCUUUUUAAUCAUUCCUCCGAACGUGCUUGCCGAUGAUAAGGAAACUGAGUUGCUUACGAAUUUUAUGGUAACCUAUUGUCAGUAGGCUACUAAACGUGCCGAAUAUUUUUAUUAUACAGUACGUAUGUCACUUUUGCUAAUCGAAAGGACGGUCAACGAAUGAUAUUAUUUGUUACAACUGCUAUAUUUUGUUAAAGAAAUCUCUUUCCAAUCUUUUUAAUCAUACGAGUAGCAGAUGGCUUUUUAAUUUUGUUUUUUAUAGGCAAGUAACAAGGUUCGUAAAGGGACAAUGUUUUUUGAGAUAAGCAAACUAUCGAAGAAGAUAAACUGGUUCGUAAAGUAACGUUUGUACAAACCGAAAGACAGUUUAAGCAAGUUAAAAACAUUCCACUCGGAGAUUUCGUUUCAUAAUUUAAGUGUUAGAUUAGGGGAAACACAGGGUGUUUACAAUUCGAUUUGAUAAAUUUAAUAAGACACAUUUUGUAUACAGUAUUUUACAUGUAUAAUACCACUAACUUUGGUUUCUCAAUUGACAAUUAUGUUUCAUACAUUUCAGAUAAAGAUGAUUGACAUAGAAAUUUGUAUAUUUAAAAGAAAAGAGAAUAUGUAAUUUUCAAUCGUAAUAUAUCAUUAAAAUGGUAAUAAUUAGCAAGAGGUCGAAAUAAUUUAUUAGUGGGAGAGGGGGAAAGAUGUUUUUUAUUUUAGAUUGUCGGAAAUCGGAAGAAUUUUAAAUGUUCGCGGUUAGACAGCUCAGAUUUCCGCAUUUGAGGCAAUGCAACGUGAAUACUGCCAUAAAAAAUAAUCUUUAUAAAUAUAUUUCUGAACCGUACAAAGGAAAAACAAAAAAGAAUUAGAUAACCGGCACGUACGCGACAGUGCCAAAAUUUGUGGCUCGAUUUCAGCGGCGAUAGAAACGAUGACUUGCCACGAAUCGAGUUCUUUUCUAUAGUUUGUGAAACAAAAUCAGUUUCUAUAAACAAACGUUACAAAUUGAAUCAAUCUCUGUGAGAAUACUUUAUCUACAAGUGGAUAGAUUCAACAAAAAAUUAUCAUUCAGUGAACCUAAUCUUAAAAUAUUAAUUUAUUAUUAUUUAUUAUUAAUAGUUUUUUGAAAUUUAUUAAAAGACUGUUUGAUAAUUUAGUUUUGAAAUUUUUGAUAGAAAUGAAAAUGUUUGUUUAAUGAAAAGUAACGUUUAAGAAACUGACAAAAUUUCACAAGCCUCCUAUACACACACAAAGCUAUACCGCACAAAAAAACGAAAUCUAUUCGAAUCCUAAAGAAAAAAAGUUAAUAAACAAGCAUUUUCUCGUGCGUUUUAUUCGAGGAACACAUAACGCACUCGAUGUACAUUUUAAAUAGUAGUCCAGUUGUAAAUGAGUGUUUUAAGUGUAAUUAGUCAUGGAGAACCAAAACAAGCGCUAUUAUACAUAGAGAGUGUGUCACAACUAUAAUGGCAACAAAGUGGUAUAAAAGAAAAUAAGAAGCGCUGCAUCGAUUCUUUCGUGUUAAGAGAAAAACGUUCUAACACUUUCGUAUUAAAUAACAUUCUAAUCACACGUGCCAAAGGAAGCUUUAAGAUAUCAAUAGUAUAGGCCGGUAAUUUAAUAAAUGUAUCCUUUCAAAGGUAUACUUGUACUAAAUAUAUAAAUAAGGACUUAAGGAUUUGCUAUCAUUUUUUUAUUACGAACGUUUACUACAAAAAUUUUUAUUAUGUAUUUUUUUCUACGAAAGAACAUUACGUGAUUUUUUGUCAGUUGCAUACAGUACUUCUCGGAUAAAUGGGUACGAUAAGUUUCCUCUAUGGUUUUAAAUCAUAGUGACAUCACUAGUUACUUAAAUAAUUGAAAUACUACUGAUAGUACUAUUCUAAUUGUAAUAUGUAAUAUGCACAAUGAAAUUGAGAAAUGUUCUGUAUGAUGUAAAUGUAUAAUGACAUUGAGAGAAUUCAAUACUUGCAUAUUUUUCACUAAUUAUGCAAAUGAAUUCAGAAAGCAGAAAUUUUAGACGCGUAUCUUUUUUUAUAUUAUUAAAAAUAAAGUUAUAAGCAAUUAAAAAUUUGAAAAACCGGACGUUUUCGACCAUCUAUUGAAUGUAUUCUAAGUAUGAAGGCACAAGCUGUGACAGCGCUACACAUGUUCUUAAUUUGCUAUUUGUUAUAUGUAUAAUUCCGAUACCAGCGCGUACAUGCAAGAGCACAUAUAUGACUGUGCAUCAAAAAGACAGAAUUAUGACACCACAAAAAUUACAGCUAAGAUGGCUCGCGUUUCUACAGCAUUUAAAUAUGAGUGAAUUUUUAAUUUACUUAUUUUGAAAACUAACUGUUUAUAGUAAACCAAAUUUUUAAUUUUUAAUGAAGAUAAAUUCAGCAACCGAAUAGAGACAAAGUGGAGUUGAGCUUGGCUUCUGAGAAGCUCAUAUAUUGUAUACAUAUAAAUGAAGUAUAAGUAUCAAAGAAAAUUUAUGUUCAUAUAGUAAUAAGUAUAUCAUUCCUCUGAAAUUAUUUCAUUUCAUAUGAUAUGAUAGAGAAUGGUGGAAAUAAGACACAGAACUUCAACCAAGGAAAAUGUGGACAUUUAUCCGGGAACUAUUGUAACUUUGUCAUUUUACAUGAAAUUUGAUAAAAAAAGAGAAUCAUCUUAUUAGUUUUACAGAAGUUUUCUUGAUAGAUCGGCUUUUCGAAUAAUCUACAUCUUGUGAAAUAAAUUUAUAAUUUCUAGUCUGAUACAGUACAAUUAUUUUCAAUGUUUUUCUUAAAUGUGUAAUAAAUAAAUCAAAUUUUCAAAACUAAAUUAAUAUGAUUGCAGCAAUUCAACAAUAAACUAUUUACAUUAUUGAUGUAAUACUAAUAAUAAUGUUGGAUGUUUGAAUAUAGUUAUUAUAAAAGUUCAUUAUUUAUGUAAUUCUGAAUUAUUAUUGAAUUCUGCUUAGGAACAUAAGUACAAAAUAAUUCAUUUUUAAUGGAUCUUUGUCAAGAUAUUCUGUGAUUUUUAUUGCGUUACCUUUUUAUACAUAUUUUAUAUUAAUAUUUAUUUAUAUGUAUGUAUAUGUAUAUACAAUUUUUCGCUGUUUUAGCAAAUAAUUCCUUUUUUGCAAAAUAUUGUUAUGUUAAUUUAUUCAUCAUACUUAGCAUUUCUGUGUGUAUCCAUUUAAAAUAGAAUUUUAAUAAUCAUCAUUCAUUUCUAUGUGGUUACUUUUUACAACUAAUUACUUUACACUGUUGUAACAACAUAAUAAAAUAUAAUUCAUUUGAAUGUGAUAUAUUACUAACAAUAUAGGAUGUUUCAAAACUACAAAUUAAUCAAGCAGAGAAUUUAAUCGAGAUAAAGGAAGAUGAAAGAAGUACGUUUCACUUAAUGAUCUAUGUUCAAUUUUAUUUUAUUGUUUGGUAAAGAAAAUUUAUAUGUGCAAAUUUCUGGAGCCUAUCGAUGAGCAACCAGUAUUACAUAAGACCUUUUUUCAUUUCUAUGAAAUUGUAUUUCAAUAAACUUCUAACUGCAAUAAAAUUCAAUACAAUUCUUACCAAUAAUCUAAAAAUUGUAAUAAAUAAAAUUAUUAACUUUGUAAAAUUUUAAAGACUGACUAAUAUUGUCAAAUUACUAAAAAGAAGUUUGUAACUUGUAAUUUGUUAAUUCAUUCACAUAAUUAAUUAACAAAUUAUUGUGUAAAGAAGUCAUGUUAUAUACAAUUUAUUAUUUCAAAAUUUUGUUGAAACUUUAUAUUAACGAUAGCCGUAUGGCAGGUUGUUCAUCGAUAGGCGCUCGAAACUUUAGAUUGUACUAUGUAUCAUAUUAUUCAGUGCGUGUGUCCGGUUGCUGGAAUUUUCGAGGGAGUGAAUCUUUCGAAUCUUGGGGUUCAAUCUCUUUCUGAAGGGCUAAAUCUUUAAAAAAUUAUUUUUUUAAAUAUUCAUAUUUUUCUUUAAAUUCUCCCUUACUUAACAUAUUCACUUUUCAUUUUUUUAACUACUUAUUCCACAAUAAAUUUUAAAACCAAAUUUUGUUUCCAGGAAGCACUCACACCAUCUUUUAAAGAAAUUGAUUCUUUGCAUAUUCCCCCUCAAAAUUACUGAAAAUUAUUGAGUUAGUACACAAAAAAUUUGCUGAAAAUUUGGUGAAAAUACAUUAAACGAUAUAGAACUCUUUACAGAAGAAGAUACAUACGUACAUACAUAUUUUGACUUUUAUAUAUAUAGAUAAUAAAGCAAUAUUGAACAUAUAUUCAUUAAUUACUGCUUGUGUCUUUAAAAUCUCUAAUUUUGAAACAACCUGUAUAAAAUCUAAUUAUAAAAUUCAUACCCAUAAAAGGUAUUAUUACAAUAGCUAAAUACCAUUUUUAUUUUAUCUUAUAAAUAUCAAUACAUUUUGGAACGUUCUUCUCAAUGUUAAAAAUAAGAUUUUUUCUAGUCUAUCUAAACAGUAAACCAAAGGAAAAUUGAGAUUCAACUUAUAUAUUAAAGUCGAUUAAUUAAAUCUUGUUAGUAUUGCGUCAAUAUUAUUUUUAUUCGACGAGGACUAACAAAAUUUAAUAAAUCCUUAUAGUAAGAGAUCUAACGAAUUCUGACAAAAUUUCACUUUAAUCUUAAUUCUAGAUUUUGCGAUUUUCGUGAUUUUUUUGAUUUUAGUGAUUUUUUUAAGUUAAUAUUUCAUAAUGAAUUAUCAUUUUCUACAUUGAAAAUUACUAUAAACCUGAUUAUUUAAAAAUUAAUAAGGAAAGCCGAUUCUGUUUACAUCAAUAUUAAGCUAUAAAUUAUAAUCCCACUAUUAUUAAAUUAUGUAAUGAUUUUCAAUUUUUGAGAUCGAUAUAUCCAUGAAUAUUCAAAUGACAAAAGAAACCGAAACAAAUCGAAAGUAUACAUUUAUUAAUUAAGCAGAUGGUCAACUUGACAGCAGUCGCGUUCGGUUUAAGGAGCGUAUCGUUAAUUAUUCUAGAAUUAUCCUUCGAAGAACGGCAUUUUCUAAAGAUGAAUAAUUCAUAUUCAGUCGACGUUCACCUUAUUUGUCUCGUACUUGUUACUUCUUAGGACGUGUAAAUGUGUAAAUACUAUUAUGAGGAAAAACUAUUCGAUGUUCAACGUUAAGAAAACGAUCAUCUUUCUAAGAUGCAAGGAAAUGGAAAUUAUUUUUUACGAUGCGAACGACCUCACCAAUUUUAACGAUCUUGUAACGUCUUGUUAAGGCCAACAUUCUGAACAACUUUUUCCUGUACACGUUGCCGUCGCUCCGCUUUAAUUACUGAGAUAUCCACAAAAAACUUUAGUUCAAAUUAUGUUACGAUUACACUCCAUUCUGGCAUAUACAGAUUAUCAUUCUCAACUCACGUAGGAAAGAAAAAUAAUUAGGUUAGGUUUAAGAUAGAUAAUGUACCAUAAUGUUACUAUUAAAUAAGUUAACAUAUUAAAUAAUAGGGCACACACAAUUUAUAUAUUAAGCUUUAUAUUAUAUUGUUGUUAUUCGAAAUUGUAAACACUCGGGUCAUUAUAUUGA